CUCGGUAUCACGAAUUUUUCCCGCCCAUUUACUGCAACUUAGUUUUCCGGUGGGAUCGUCGUCGGAAAAAGGUAGCCUUGAGGAAAAAGCAGGGAGAAAGAUGUUCAGGAACCAGUACGACACAGACGUGACGACGUGGAGCCCGAUGGGGCGCCUUUUCCAGGUAGAGUACGCCAUGGAUGCCGUGAAGCAAGGGGGCGCGGCGGUCGGUCUGAGGUCCCGGAGCCACGUCGUGCUCGCCUGCGUCGACAAGGCUAUCUCUGGGCUCUCCUUUCACCAGCGCAAGAUCUUCAAGAUCGACGACCGUACGGGCGUCGCCAUGGCCGGCCUGGCAGCCGACGGCCGAGUGCUUUGGCGGUACCUGGCAUCCGAGUGCAUCAACUACAAAUUCGUCUACGAGUCCCCCAUUCCCGUCAGCCGAUUGGUCGCACGGCUCGCUGAUAAGGCUCAGGCCUGCACAAUGGCUUCCCUGAAAAGGCCUUAUGGUGUUGGUUGUCUGGUUGCUGGAACGGACGAAUCUGGAGUUCAUCUGUACUACAACUGUCCUAGUGGUGAUUACUUCGAGUGCCAAGCAUUUGCCAUUGGAUCACACUCUCAAGCUGCAAAGGUCUGCCUGGAGCGGGAGUUUGAGACAUUCAACGAUCGUUCGCGCGAGGAGCUCAUACAGCGAGCGCUUUUGGCAAUCACGGAGACUCUACGAUGGCAAGGUAAAGAAUUUGAUAGCUCUUCUUGCACAGUCGCCAUUCUAGGAGAAAAUGAGUCCUUCCACGUAAUCAGUCGGAGUAUCAUAGAACAAUUAGUUGAUUCAUCGAAGGCGACAUGAGAGGUGACUGUCCAAAUGCGAUGCCAGAAGAGUAGAAUGAUCUGCCUAACUAGACCAGAACAUGGGAAUGUAGUAGAUUCUGAUUUUCCAUUUGUAGAGCAUCUUUUUGGAUAAUUUUGCACCAAAGUCUGAGGCGACCUGACCUGGUUUACAUUUGCCUUUGCACUUAAGUGCUGUUACUUGGUGUUCGUUAACCAUGAUUGAGAUAUGCUUUUGGGAUUCAGCACAUCGCGUCCGGCCUGCUUGCUGCAUGUUUUCAUCGUUUUGGUAAAUUGGAAAAUGCUCUUGUAAACUACUUACAUUGAUCUGAUCUUGCAUGUGAAGACAUUGAAUUUCACCUACUUCAUGAA